AUGGACCUGCAGGCACCAAUCUUAAUAGGAGCCAGCGCCAGGGCUCCAUCUCCUGAUUUUUCUUCACUUUCACCUGAUGAACUCAACCACUUAGAAAUUGUUCUUCGAAAACAAGUUCUUAUUGAACAUGAACAAAAUCAAUGUUUAUCUGGUUUACGUCGUACAAUGCUACACCUUCAACGAACAAUUGAACAUGAUCGUGCUCAACAGGAACAACGAAAAUUUUCACUAGCUAAGUUACAUAAUAAUGCAUCAUCUAUACAACCAAAUCAAAAAUCACUAUCAUCAUCUGAUAUUGUUCAAUGUUAUAUUUGUUGUUCAAUUAUUGAAGAUUCAACGGAUGACUUCAGUAUUUCAUCAUCGACAUUAUGCAAUGACUGUCAUCGACCUGUUUGCCGACGCUGUGGUAAUUACACAUCGCCAGAAUUAAUUUGUCUAUCAGAUAGAAAUAAUGUUGAAAGUAAAACUCACGCAUCCAAAUGGCGUUGUCGCACGUGUAUUGUACGACGUGAAGUGAUCAGAAAAUCUGGUAUGUUCUUAAAUAAAAUUAAAAAAAGAAUUAAUUAA